AUGACGAAGUCUGCAAUUGUCUCCUAUGGAGGCAAAGGCCCCUUGGUUCUGGGAGUAACCUGGGCUGAGACGACUUUGGCGCUAGUUCUGUUCUUUCUGCGAGCCCGAACUGCCUCGGUCUGUCCCCAAGGCCAGCUGUCAUCCGGUUUCUUUGGUCUGCGGUGGGACUUUGUAUGGGCGAUACUGGCCUUUGCCGGCGCCCUCGCGGCGCAAUGCACAAUGACCGUCAGCGUCCAUUAUGGACUGGGCAACCACCAAAAUCUGCUAUCCUAUGACAACAUUGUCAAAACCAACCUGUGGAGCUGGAUCGCUCAGAUCCUGGCAAUUAUCGACCUUGUCAUUGCUCGGAUUGCGGUCAUUGCUUUUUUGAUGACGAUCCAAAAUAGGACCCAAAGCAAGAGCAAAUACCUGUUAUAUGGCGUGGGCAGUGCGCAAGCGAUCAUCAAUUUCAUUGAGAUUGGGUUGAUCUUCAAGCAGUGCACGCCGACCAGAAAACUGUGGGAUAUUGAUGUACCUGGAAAGUGUGACAUGAUUGAAAUCUGCUCGAAGGUUGGCUUUGUCCAAGGCACCUCAUCCUCAGGUAUCGGAGCCGCUGCGGACUUUUUCUUAGCCGCUUAUCCAGUGUACAUCAUCGGUCGAUUACAACUGAUGAAACUCUCAACAAAAAUUGGUUUGUGUCUGAUCAUGGGAGGUGGCUUAGUCGCUGGCAUAGCAGGUAUCAACAAGACUCUUGCGAUCGCCUCCAUUACGCACGUCGACGACCUCACAUACGCCAUUUAUGAGCUGAACACCUGGGUUCUCACCGAAAUGUGGUUCAUCAUCAUUUUCGGGUCGAUUCCGGUGCUGCGUCCGUUCUUCGUACGGUUCACCCAAGAUAUCAAAAGUGUCACAGGCAACUCCUCGCGGAAUCGCAGCAACGCGGAAGCCUACAGUGAGGGCAGUCGAAAUAAGAGAGAAUCCUUGGUCCAGCUGACUGAACAUGUUCCGGGCACCUGGGCUUCACACAACUCGAUGAGCGCGGACGCAAGCCACGACCCGAUGCAUUCGCUUGGCAUCGAGAUACCCCAGGAGGAUUGCGGGUAUAUUAUGGUGACCAAGGAUACGAUGGUAGUUUCCGAACACGGACGUUUAAGAUGA